UUUAUCGUACUGUAGUUGAUUGGUGCAGGAAAAUUGUGGCCUGCCUCUUUAAAUCCCGAAACGCGUGGAGUUUAAAUAAAUUGGCUAGAAAGCUUUUGCUACCCACCCCUCACCCCCACUGAGGAGUCUGUAUUCAGCAAGUGCCCAUGUGGGAGCUUAGAGCGCAGGCAGCCUGAAAGGAGCCGGAAAUAUGUUACAUUGAUGUUUGGCAUAGCUGCAGUCAAGUUAAAGAGAGAGCUUGAUGCGACAGCAACGGUAUUGGCUAACCGACAAGAUGAAAGCGAGCAGUCUAGAAAAAAGCUUAUUGAGCAAAGUCGUGAGUUCAAGAAAAACACUCCAGAGGACCUGCGCAAACAGGUAGCUCCAUUAUUGAAGAGUUUCCAGGGGGAGAUUGAUGCAUUAGGUAAAAGAAGCAAAGAAGCAGAGGCAGCCUUCUUGAAUGUCUAUAAGAGAUUAAUUGAUGUUCCAGAUCCAGUUCCAGCUCUGGAUCUAGGACAGCAGCUUCAGCUGAAAGUCCAGCGCAUGCAUGAUAUUGAAACAGAGAACCAGAAACUUAGGGAAACUCUAGAGGAAUACAACAAGGAAUUUGCUGAAGUGAAAAAUCAAGAGGUUACAAUAAAAGCGCUUAAAGAGAAAAUCAGAGAAUAUGAACAGACCCUGAAGAACCAAGCAGAGAAUAUAGCCCUUGAAAAAGAACAAAAAUUACAAAAUGACUUUGCAGAGAAGGAGAGAAAGUUGCAAGAAACACAGAUGUCGACAGCCUCGAAGCUGGAGGAGGCCGAACACAAAGUUCAAGCUUUACAAACAGCCUUGGAAAAAACUCGGACAGAAUUAUUUGACCUGAAAACAAAAUAUGAUGAAGAAACUACUGCAAAGGCUGAUGAAAUUGAGAUGAUCAUGACGGACCUUGAACGAGCAAAUCAGAGGGCAGAGGUGGCUCAGAGAGAGGCAGAAACCUUAAGGGAGCAGCUCUCGUCAGCUAACAAAUCUCUCCAGCUUGCUACACAGAUCCAGAAGGCACCUGAUGUGGAGCAGGCCAUAGAGGUGCUGACGCGAUCUAGCUUGGAGGUGGAACUGGCUGCAAAAGAACGUGAAAUUGCCCAGCUCGUAGAAGAUGUCCAGAGACUCCAAGGCAGCCUCACCAAACUUCGUGAGAACUCCACCAGCCAGAUAUCACAGCUGGAGCAGCAGCUGACUGCCAAGAACAGCACACUUAAACAACUGGAAGAAAAACUGAAAACACAGGCUGACUAUGAAGAGGUUAAGAAAGAAUUAAAUAUACUGAAGUCCGUGGAAUUUGCACCCUCUGAGGGCUCUGGUGCACAGGAUGCAUCCAAACCACUGGAGGUGUUGCUGCUGGAGAAAAAUCGCUCAUUGCAGUCUGAGAACGCCACACUGCGUAUCACUAAUAGUGACCUGAGCGGGUCAGCCAGGAGAAAAGGGAAAGACCAGCCUGAGAGUCAGCGUCCUGCAACCUUGCCGGCCUCCCCUUCUUCUCAGUUGCUCCGCAACACAGGGGAGCAGGCUUCCAAUACUAAUGGUACACACCAGUUCUCACCAACGGGUUUAAGUCAAGACUUUUUCAGCUCAUCCUUGGCAAGCCCCAGCUUACCCCUGGCCUCCACAGGAAAAUUUGCACUAAACUCUCUCCUCCAGCGACAGCUAAUGCAGUCCUUCUACUCCAAGGCAAUGCAGGAAGCAGGAAGCACAAGCAUGAUUUUUUCAACAGGUCCUUACAGCACAAACUCCAUAUCUUCCCAAAGUCCAUUACAGCAAAGUCCGGAUGUUAAUGGCAUGGCCCCAUCUCCCAGCCAGUCAGAAAGCGCUGGGAGCAUCUCCGAAGGCGAGGAGAUAGACACAGCAGAAAUUGCACGUCAGGUGAAAGAGCAAUUGAUCAAGCACAAUAUUGGACAGCGGAUAUUUGGACAUUAUGUCUUGGGACUGUCACAAGGGUCUGUGAGCGAGAUACUAGCCCGGCCAAAGCCAUGGAAUAAACUGACUGUGAGAGGCAAGGAGCCAUUUCACAAGAUGAAGCAGUUCCUCUCAGAUGAGCAGAACAUCCUGGCGCUACGCAGCAUCCAGGGUAGACAAAGAGAGAAUCCAGGCCAGAACCUGAACAGACUAUUUCAGGAAGUACCGAAACGAAGAAAUGGGUCUGAAGGUAACAUCACCACAAGAAUCCGAACCACAGAGACUGGCUCUGAUGAAGCCAUCAAAUCCAUUCUAGAACAAGCCAAAAGGGAGCUGCAAGUACAGAAAACAGCUGAGCCGGCUCAGCCACCUUCUGCAUCUAGCAGUGGCAAUUCUGAUGAGGCCAUUCGAUCCAUUCUGCAACAAGCCCGACGUGAAAUGGAAGCACAGCAGGCUGCCCUUGAACCUGCCUUAAAAACAACACCUUUGUCUCAAGCCGACAUUUCCAUCUUGUCCCCAAAACUAAUAUCUACACCUGCAAUGUCAUCAGUUUCCAGUUAUUCUCCACUGGCCUUGUCACUGAAGAAACAUUCAGCUGUCAUGGAUUCUAAUAUAUCUGCAUUGCAGAACCUCUCUGGGCUAAAAAAGGAGCACCAAGAAACACCAGUUUUAGAGCUUCAUGGAAUAACUGAUUCUGCACAGGGUGUGCUGAGGCAUGUUAAAAAUGAAUUGGGACGUAGUAGUGUUUGGAAGGACCAUUGGUGGAACACUGUUCAGCAUGACAGAAGAAAUACCACUCUUUCUGAAGAUACAAAGGUCGAGGAAGCCAGCAGUGGAAAAGAAAAGGUCAGCAACCAGACAAGGUCAGAUCGUAGCCAACUCCAAGGACCAUCCUCUUCAGAAUACUGGAAGGAGUGGCCAAAUGCUGAAUCUCCAUAUUCCCAGAGCUCUGAAUUGAGCGUUACUGGGGCAAGCCGCAGUGAGACACCACAAAAUAGCCCCCUUCCUUCCUCUCCUAUUGUACCUAUAUCAAAGCCAUCCAAACCCUCAGUUCCUCCAUUGACACCUGAGCAGUAUGAGAUUUACAUGUACCAGGAAGUGGAUACAAUAGAACUAACUCGUCAGGUCAAAGAAAAGCUAGCAAAGAAUGGCAUCUGCCAAAGGAUCUUUGGGGAAAAGGUGUUGGGCCUAUCUCAAGGGAGUGUCAGUGACAUGCUCUCCAGGCCAAAGCCAUGGAGUAAAUUGACGCAAAAAGGCAGAGAACCAUUUAUUCGCAUGCAACUCUGGUUGAAUGGUGAGCUGGGACAGUGUGUCCUGCCUGCACAAGGACAGCAACAAGGACAAGUCCUCCUCUCGGUGACAUCACUGCAGGAUUCCCUACAGCAGGGAUGUGCAAGCUCAGAAAGCACUCCAAAGACCUCUGCCAGUUGCAGUCCUGCUCCUGAGUCUCCUAUGAGUUCCAGUGAAUCAGUGAAGAGUCUGACUGAAUUGGUACAGCAACCCUGUCCUGCUAUAGAGACAAGUAAAGAUGGCAAACCUCAAGAAUCAAGUGAGCCACCUGUUCCUGAAUCCCAGUCGACAACACCUUUGCCUCUCUCGGGACAUUCAGCACUUAGCAUUCAAGAACUGGUUGCUGUCUCUCCUGAAUUGGACACAUAUGGCAUUACAAAGAGGGUUAAAGAGGUGUUAACAGACAACAACCUUGGUCAGCGUUUGUUUGGGGAGACAAUCCUAGGGCUAACGCAAGGCUCAGUCUCAGACCUUCUGGCUCGCCCAAAGCCCUGGCACAAAUUGAGUUUGAAGGGACGGGAGCCCUUUGUCCGCAUGCAGCUGUGGCUAAAUGAUCCCAACAAUGUGGAGAAAUUGAUGGAUAUGAAGCGAAUGGAGAAAAAAGCCUACAUGAAACGACGGCACAGCUCAGUUAGUGACAGUCAACCUUGUGAGCCCUCUUCAGUUGGAAUAGACUAUAGCCAGGGAGCCAGCCCACAGCCACAGCAUCAGCUAAAGAAACCACGAGUAGUGCUGGCACCAGAAGAGAAAGAAGCUCUAAAACGAGCAUAUCAGCAAAAGCCAUACCCAUCGCCAAAAACAAUUGAGGAACUUGCUACACAGCUCAACUUGAAAACCAGCACAGUGAUCAACUGGUUCCACAAUUACAGAUCUCGCAUCCGUCGAGAGCUGUUCAUUGAAGAAAUCCAAGCAGGAAGUCAGAGCCAGGCUGGAUCAAGUGACUCUCCUUCAGCCAGAAGCAGCAGGGCGGUUCACAGCUCUGAGGGAGACAGUUGUGAUGGUGUGGACACAGAAGGCCCACCUGAAGGAAAGCAAAGUGGUCUGGAGGCGGACGAGUACAGCAAUGCAACCACAAAGUCUCAGGGAGGGCAAGCAGAGUUGGCUUUUGAAGCGGGGGAAGAGGUACCACAAGAUGCCAGAACAUCAGAGAAAACAGAGUCUUUCCAUUUGGGAAUGGAGAGCCUGGAGGAUACUGAUGAUGAGGGUAGGCUCAAAGCACCACGUCAGAGUUCUCCGCCAGGGUCUCAAAGUUCAGGAGAAACUCUGGAGACAAUGCCAAACUCUGCUACAGAAGAGGAUGCCUCUACCUCAGCUGCCUCCACCUCAGUCCUUACAGGGGAGAGCUCCUUCAAGUCAAAAGAAAGUUCCGAGAAAAUGUUGAGUGUGCCAAGUACAAGUUCCACAUUGGCUGCAGGCUCACAGAAAGCCAACUCUAUUCAGAGUUUAUUCAGCUUUUCCGAGGCAGCAAGGUCCAAGAACACGCGGGACAACACCUUGAGGAAAAAGAAAGCAGCAAACUUGAACAACAUAAUACACCGUUUAGAGAAGGCCGCUAGUCGAGAAGAGCCCGUCGAAUGGGAGUUUUGAGAUUAAACUCACCCAACUCUAGAGAGCUGGGAAAGUUAAACUGGACCUCUACUGGUUUUAUUGUGUUGCGCACUUACCGCCCUGCAGGCCACAGGGCAAAAACGCCAUAGGCCAAGGUGCAUAUAGAAAACAAAAGGAGCGUUAAGCCCAAUUUAUGUUUGUGUUUUCAAGGAAGAAAACUGAAAUGUGUGGUCAAGCUUUUUUGUACCCUGAAGUGUUUUUAUUAAUGCCCUAAGUGAUUUCCACAAUUUCUGGAAUAACUCAUACAGCUUUGCCUUGUGCCCUCCUCUUUGGUGUGGGCUUUAAAAAAACAAAAACAUAAAAAAAAAAAUCAAACCCACAUAUUUAAAGGGGGCUUUUUAUCUGCCAUCUAAUGGCUACAGAGCGAUAAUACACUAUUAUCUUCUUAAACCAGGAAAAAAAGGGGAGAUUUUUCAAAAAGGAAAAAUAAAAAGUUUUUUGUAGCUGUUCAGUUGCCACUAAGAGAUUGCACAGUCAACCGACUCUAAACACACUAGUUUGGAUUCCUAAAUAUUUUCAAGAAAAGAAAAGAAUCGUGUUGUUUGAAACUUUGAAUUAAAAAAAAAAACACAUUUACUCCACAUAUUUUUUAACAAAACAAAAAAAGUCACAUCAGGAAAAUAUCUUAAUUUGUGGUAGCUGACUUAGUGUUUUCUUGUAAGUGAAAUAGAAUAUUGACACGUAGUGCACAUUGUUUCAUAGCUUUAACUGAUUCUGGUCUUUUGCAGACCAGAAUUUGUUUAAUACACUCCAUUUUAGGCCAAAUCAGGACAAAAAAAAAUCUGAAUCUAGGUAUUUUAUAAUCUGCUUUUUAACCUCUAACCACAGAGCACGCUGAUCAGACCUCAUAUCCAGGAGGUUUAGGAGACAACUUAGAAUAGCAUGUACUUGAUCAUUUCAUUUGAAUUGUGGUAUAUCUAGUACCUUUUUGUUAAAGAAAGAGAAAUGAAAAAAGUUGGCCAGUAACAUUUCAGCCUGCAGCUCUGGGGACAUAUUUUACAACCUGUAGCAUUCAACUAACCUGAAAUCAGUUAAAGUUUCAUUUACAUGUGUAACAGAUGUCACACACCACGAAGAAGGAAUUGGGCCUGCCUCAGAUGAAGAGAUGUCUUCCUCCAGUAGGUAGCCAUUUACUGACUCUCUUCCCACCACAAGCACUGAUUUAAAUGUUUUAGUUUGUGGGAAGUUUGUUUGUGUAGAAAAAGAAUACGUUGCAGGUAUCAGAUGGGCUGUGACCAAGAUGUAAAUAGCCCAAACUCCAAACCAAAAUAUUCAUGCUCUUGAAUCCCAGUCCAGACUAUUCCGCCCUUCAGAUUAUUUUAUGCACAGCGUAAAACUUUUGAUCAAAGUACAAAUCAAAUUCUCACUUGUCUCUGACUCCUCCUGUUGUCUAUAUGUAUAUGCGUGAGCAUAGAGGUGUGUGGAAGGAUGUGUGUGCGUGAGUGUGUGCGUGCAAUUUUAUACGUCUGUGUAUUUUCUUAUGUACUUGUGCACACAUAGAGUGCAUUACUGCCACCUUUUUUCAAUAAGCUGUUUUAUCAGUUAUGGCUUCUACAAGUUUGCUAAUUUAGACUCCUUUAUUGCCAUAUCUUUAAAACUAACAAUAGAUGAUUUCGGUAUAUAUAUAUAUAUUUUUUUUUUGCUUAUUUAUAGGUGCUGUAUUUUAUUAUCUGAUUGUUAGGAAGGGAUGAAAGGGGGCAAAUAUUCUUUAGAGGGAUAGACUGCCGGCAGUAUUGGGUAUAAUUUACAAGAUGUAGUUGUCAUACUGUAUAUUAUUGAUUGAAGACUUUUUGACCGUAUUGUGUAUCAUUGAAACCUUUGUCUUAGGUCAGCAUCUUUUGAUGACACUUUAAUGGUGCAUUCAUUACUUUUUAAGUUUAAUUAAUAUUACUUUUUUGAUUUUGGGGGGUGGGGAGAGGAGUUCCAAUUUUAAAGGUAUGCUCCCAAUAUUACACCUCAGUGUGCUUGUAUUAAUUAACUAGUAGGACUUUGACUGUACGAUGUGAACCCACAUUUCUUGCAUGAUGUUUUAGAAAUUAUGUAUUUCAUUUACAGUCUCAAUGUGUAACAGCAGCACUUAGUUCAAGUUUUCACAAAUUAAGAGUCACUACACUUCAAAAAAAAAAAUAGCCUUUUCAUGAACACGAAAAGAAGGCUCUAGGAGGCUGAAAGGCAGAGAUUUAUUUAACUGUUUUUACUGUUACAGUCAUUUCAAAUUACCUGCUUGGGUAACCAGAGAUUUAGCUUGUGGUGCACAACUCAAAUUUGAUAAACAGAGACAGCAACUGGCCCUUUCUGUGGUGAGCGAAGACAAAAUUUGGAACAUGUGAUCGCACCAUCUAGAAUCACUGUGACUUCUUUAUAGGGACAUAAAGUUUGGCUGAGAAAACUUCCAGCAAACGACAUGGUAAAUCAAAACAUUACCAUUAGAAAUCUUCUGUUCACCACAGUGUCUCCUUACAAGCAAAUGUUUUGAUUUGAUUUAUAAAAUACAACUCUGUUUAUGAAUGUGUGUUCCAUUCAAAUAUAUGUACCUGAACAUGAGUAAUAACAAAAUAUAAACAUCUUCAGUUCAGCCAAGAGACAGAACUUCUAAUUUUCUUAUAUUUUCUUGAUAUUUUCUUACAUUCUAACUUAAUCAGUUUCCUUUGUUUACUUUAGAACAAUAUAUUUGCCAUGCGUUGCCACCCUCUGUUUCUAUCAGGUUGAGAUCUGGGUGCUUGAUGCAGUCAAGUGGUUAAAUUUUGCUUGCUUGUAGGGUGUUUUUUUUUUCUUCUAUUUAUUAUUUUGCUUAAUUAAGGUCCCCAGACCUGUUGUGGAAUAAGUGUGUGUCUUUAUUGCAUUCAAUAAUGCUUACUGAGAGCUGUCACUGAAAGCAAAAUUUUAUUUACAGCAUGAACCCAAAUGCAGCAUUAAGGGUUAAUCUCUCUUCUUGAUAAGCAAUACUUAAGUGCCUUCAAAAGUAUCCUUUUUGUUCUUUCGUUUUGUAGUUUUCAGGUUUCUGCUAAUUACAUUAGAGGAGCCAAAUACUGAAAAGUGUCUGCUUAUUUUUGUUAAUGCUAUGUCAGUUUUCAAAAAGCGUAUUUGUAGCUGUCUUGUAGAGGAUGUGUUUCCUUUAUAACACUAACAGUUAAUUGUAAACUCCAUUAUACCACUUACAAUGCAUAGAAUUUUGUUGAAUGAAGACAGCAUUCAUAAGUCACCCCAUUCUGCCAAGGGUUGUCAUCAGUAUUUAUUAUAAAAUUAGUCAGAUAAAAUGCUCUUGGUAUUCCCUAUAUUUUGGCACUUUAUUAAUGCUUUAGUUCCUUUUGUCAUUUCAUGCAUAAUGUCAUAGGUAAAAAGUAUGUAUAACUAUUAGAAUGCCAUUGGGAUGACUCCAGACUUCCAAUUAGGAAUCACGUUACAGUUCUUUGUCAGAUACCUUACCUUACUCUCCUGUUUGGAGAUUUUUUUCCUUACUAGUUUUCCAAAUUGGCAAGACCUCCCUGGUUGAAAAAGGGUUAAAUUGCAUCUGUGGUGAAUGAUUUUUAGCUAUAUUUCUUCAUGCUAAUGAAGUAUGUUUGAAAUUAAUGUUGUUAGGAAAAUUAGUAUUACACUCCUAGUCUUCAUUACUUGAUAAAAAGCUACUGGAGAAGUAAUGUAAAAAGAGUUGGACUCUUCAAUGCUUUUCAGUCAUUGAUUAGUUGAGAGUAACAAAGGUGAAAGGUUGUAUAAGGUGCUGCAUGUUCAACAUGUGGGGCUGUUCUCUAUGCAUAGUUGUUUUAUAGAGUUAAAAAGACUGAAAAGCGAGCACUUGCUGAAGGCAUGCUGUUUAGUACUUUUCCAGAUAGAUGAACAUGCAUAUAUGUCUCUAGCAUUACAGGUUUUCUGCAGACUGUUUCCAUUUUUGUGUUCUUUAAAAGCAUUUUUUAAAAACCUUUGUUUCUGUUUACAGUUCAGACUUUCUCUAAAGCAAUGGAGGGAUAGGCCUCAGGCUGUUUUAACCAAUAUUUUUAUACUGCAGGUAAAAUUCUGUCAUUUUUAUCUCUGGAUGGGUAGUGCAAAAAGGAGAGGACAAUACUGAGAUUUAACUAAGUGUGAUGGUCUCUUUUAUUAUUGUGUUAAUGGAGAGCGGAUGAAGCAUGCCUGUUGAUUAUAAUUGUUCCAUUUUUAUAAAUACGAUUUCCUUUAUCCAUGGAAUCACAAGAUUUUCUUACUGAUAACAAAACCCUUUUUCUUUUGUUAGAAUAGCUAUUGAAUGCCAUGGAACUCAAUCAUUUUAGUUUAGCUUGCACUCCUGCAAAAUUUAUAAAUAGACUUUGUGGGUAGAGUCACUCCUUAAGGAGCCUUGCAUUGGUGUGUUCUAUCCAUAUCAUCUGUCAAAUGAGCUGUUUAAUAAUAAGCUCUUUACUAGAAUAAGAUAUCUCUGAAAGUAAAAAUCGCAUGCCUUUCUCAUUAGCUAAGAGGUUUUUGCAUUAAUUUUUAACGUAACCUUCAUGUGGGGACGCUACAGAGAAGGGGUUAAUGAACACUACAGAAUUCUAUGCAAUAUUCUCUAGUCCUCAUUAUUUUAAAAUAUUACCAUUUUGCUAUCUUUUAAAAGUGAAAACAGCGAUCUAGAGGAAAAGUGCGUCAUCCCAGUGUUAGCUCAAGUGAAAUUAUAAUGCUGAUUAAUUUAAAUAAAUUAGAGUGAGGGGAAAAUCUGACAGAAUAAUGUGAUAAAUAUGAUAAAAAAAAAAAUAGCAGUCCCCACUAGCAAUGCUGCAGUCCAGGGUCUGUCAGAGUUUCCAUCUUAAAAUCCCUAAUUUCAAGGGUUUUAGAACUCUGCUAUAAAAUGAAAAAAAUUGCUCUUGGCAAGAACUUGGUAGUUUAGAAAUGGAAAAACAUUUUGACCAUAUUUAAAUUAUAAAAAUACCAAAAAAGUAAUUGGUUUCAGAUGCAUUUUUGCACUUAAAUCCAAAACAGCUUCCUCAUUUAAACUGAAAUGUCAUUAGUAAUACGGACUAAUGCCUUUAGCGGGGUUGCUAAGAAAUCAACAGUGUUAUGUAGCAAAGUGAUUCGUUGCAAAUACAAUAAAUAAAUACAUUCAUAAAGAUUUUUGACAUGCAGAUGGAGGGUCCAUUUGUUCCUUCUCUUUUCUAUCUUUGCUUUUCUUUUAAGCAAGUGAGUUCUUUAAAUCAUCUCUCUUGCUUAUAUUACAGCCCAGGUAUAUCUCUAUGUAUACUGGAUCUUAAAAUCACUCCAUAUACGGUACUUGAGUUCCAUAGGUUCUAAUUCUGAGGAUUUCAUGGAGAUCGUAAGAGAGAGAGAGAGAGAGAGAGAGAGAGGAACAAGAGGUGUCACUUGGUCUAAGGCCUAAUCUUAUGUCCAUUGAAGUCAAUGGAAAGUCUUUCCUUUGACUUCAUUAUUUGUUCAGCCCCUAACAAGACAGGCUGCUUAUAUCUGAUCUCCCACAGUUAACUUAUACAGACAUAACAAGUGUAAAACACAGCAUUCAGUUUAAUUUACUAUUAUGCUAGGCUUUCCAGUUUCCAUGGCACUUUCUGUGGUCCCUCUAGCCAAGCACUAACAUGUUUUCCUCCAUGUCAUACAUAUAAUCAAACAGUUUUAAAUUAAAGAGCCUGUAAAAAAUUCUGUAUAAAUACAAGAUUUUCAAAAAGUACCAAACAACUUAAAAUAUAACUCCAAAUUACUUUAAAUAAUGAAAAUAAACAUGAGCCUGUGAGAGCAGGGUUCCAUUCUUGGCUCCGUCAUUGGGGUGACCAUGGCCAAGUCACUGCCUCUCUGUGCCUCAGUUUCCCCAUCAGUAAAAUGGGGAUCGUGAUACUGACCUCUUUUGUAAAGUGCUUUGAGAUCUAUGGAUGAAAAGUACUAUAUAAGAGUUUGGUAUGUAUUAUUCAUCAAAAAUUGUUUUUUCCUUCCCUAUUCAUUUUUAUGGCUUUAAUAUAGUUAAUAUUGAAUAAACCAUGUAUUAAAUAUAUGUAACAAUAGACUUUAAGAAAAAUAAAUCCAUUGUUACCAUAUGUAUCCAGGUACUUACUUUUAUGGCCUUUAUCACCCCAGUAUCUGAGCUGCUAAAUUUUGUGUGUAAUGCAAUAUGCCAUAUCCUAUUAAUUACAAUGAUUAAAAGACCCUCCUUUGGGGAGGGUCAACUAUAGGCUCCUGUAGUCCUUAAAAACCCAGUUAAGCCCUGAAAAUAUAUCUUAAGUGGUGCUUUUGUGAUGGUUUUGUGAUGACCCUCAGCACAGUGAUGAGUUUCACCUUGUUCUUUGGCAUAUGUGAAAUAAAUUAUUUGGUCUCAGGUCAGUUCCUCGUAGAGAAGUGUUCACGUCCCAAAAAUUAACCACACAACUUUUUACUAAUUGGUACCCUUAUUAGCAUCCUCUGUAAAGGCCAAGAAUUGAUUGGCCAUGGAGACUAAACACCCUUCUCGCCCCUUCUAUGUCAGGCCCAAGGCACGCUGACGGGGAGGGGAAAGCGUGCACUGCUGAACCUGUUGUGUGGGUAAAAAAUGGACUUGAGUCACCAGGGUUGUCAGUUCAUCACCAUUCAUGAGCAUGUUCAGGCACAAAAAUGUGUAGAAGAAACAAUAUCUACUUUAAAAUUAUACUCUGCUUAUUUAAUCUUUUAUUUUUUGACCGAUGUUUGCCAAAGGACAAGUUUUGCCAUCAUACAAGCAUGCAACUCUCAUUGACUUUAGUCAAAAUAAUGCGUGUCCAAGAGCGCAAUCUAGAGCUCUUUCUAUUACUAAAUCUGGUGACUUUGCUGUAUCAGUUCAGUUUCUCUAUUAAACUGAAACAGUCAAGUGAGCCCUGACCAUAUAAAAGUUAAAUGACAAACAGUCAUAUUAGGAAACUACCAUAAAUACUAACUGCUGCCCCACUUCCCCCACUCCAUCCAUCAGAGGCAUAUCUAUGGCUGUUCAUUUUAUUUUUGGAGAUAUUUGUACUACCAAGUAAAGUACUCAUCCAAAGAUCCACAGAAAGUGGAGAAGAAUCCCAAGAAUUUCCUGAAGUAAUGGUGACAGGAGUUCUUUGCAUAGUUACUGUGUAAUUUUGUGGUAAUGUUUGCAACAGCACAAUCUUUCUAUUGGUAACAAUAAUAAUAUGUUAAUUGUGUUAUCACCUUCUAGCUGUGCGGGUCAAUAAUAUGCAUUUUUUAAAGUUUUUAAACAUGUAUACUUACACUAUUCCUGUUUGGAAAAGUUCCUAAAUAUGUAGCAUAUUUACAAUUUAGGCCUUAGUGGCUCAGUAAGGAAUUGCUAUAGUCUAUCAGGUAAAUUAUAUGCUUUGGGGCAUGGGUGGAUGGCAGGUUUAAAAAUGUUAUUUACAUGCUAAUGUGUAUAUUAAUGCAUAGAGUGCCAUUUUCCCACUUGCUAGGCUAAAUCCACGUUGCAAGAAAGUGACUGCAGGCUUUUGAGGGAUCAGAUUGUUUGGCCAUGCAGGUUUAAUUAACAUGAAAAAUAAAAAGUUCACAUUUAGAAUACACAAAAGUAAUGUCAAGGGUCUGGCUGAAAUGUACAAAAGCUAGAUAAUUUAGAACUAAAGAUGAAAUCACGUCCUAAACUCACCCUGUAACUGUGUGUAAAUAAGUUUUGCUCUGAAAUGGCUAUCGGGAACCUCAUGCACUAAGCACUCUUACAUGUACAAUAUGAGCUGUUAUGCCUACAUACAGUAUGGUCAGUUAAAGGGAGCAGCGUUCCCUCCUUUACAAAAAUGAUUUUUAUUUUGCAAACUCUGUAUAUUGGUAGGUUUUAAAAAAGGAAGAAUUUUUCAGUAAACUAAACCAAGUGACAAAACCAGCAGUUCACCUCUGGUGCCCCUGCAGGCUGAAAAUUCUACUCCUGAGGUGUAUCUAAUUGAAAUUGCAUAUUGUAAGUUCCUCACGGGACUUUGAUUACUUUGAAGGAGCAAUAUAUUUUUAAAAAACUAAGCAUUUAACUGGCUUUAUAAAUCCAAUCCUACAUAUGUGGGACUAAAAAAAAAAUAGAUCUCCAUGUGUUAUAAGACUGGUACUUAGUCAGGGUUCACUCUGCAUUUCUCUGGCUUUUGUUAGUUUCCAUUAGACCCUUACUGCUAUUUUAAUGUAUUAUUUGUGUGUAAAUUAAUUAGCUUUAAAAAAAAAAGUGUUUCCAAAGCACCUAGUUACCUCUGAAUAGCGAGUAUAAUAUAUACAGUAAGUGUUAACUAGCUUAAAGGAGGGCAGGUGAAGAAUAAGCAACACGACUAUAUUGUGCUGUCGGGUGGGUUUUGUCUCUCCCCACUUUCCCCUCCAUAAGAGGCUUCCAUUCCUUUUUCAUCCUCCCUGGGAAUGAAGAAGGUCACAGAUUUCCUGUUUGUUUGUUCUUUGCGGGGGGAUGUUUUUAGAUUAUUUUGAAAUGUUUUUAGUUUAAGCAAUAUUAUCACACAAUUUCCUAGCAGUGUUUAGCCUGUACGUCUUUCAUAAAACGUGCUAUUUAUCAAACUCCCUGCAAUCAGAAAGAUACGGUGCCUUCUCUCCUCAUCUCUUCCUCGAGAGUGACCUAGCACACAGUGACCUAGACCUCAGCACACGCAAAAGCCUACUUUUUAUUUCUGAAAAAAAGACCAGUCAAGGCACAUUUCCGUAGCCCUGGGUUACUGGUCCCUUUGAUAAAGAGCACUCAAUACUACCGUGCAUUUAAAGCUUUGUGCAAUAGAAGUUCUAGUUUUAUAUUUAGGAGCUAACACCCUGUACACCCAAUGUAGGCAAAUGUAAGCUUUACUCUAGGAGGAUUCAGGUGACUGAAGAGUAUAUUCACAGUGGUUAUAUUUGCAUGAUGAAAUUUUGGAAUAAAUAGUCCACCAUUGUGCAACAAUGUCUCUUACACUCAUAACAAGAGUCUCUCAAAAAUCAUACUAAUGGUCUCUCAGUGAGCAUUUAAAAAACUUGAUUGGUCAAGCACCCAUGUGAUCUCCAGCUAUGGCUAACUUUUACCAUGUUCUUACAUAACUUUAAAAUAUGCACAUAACGUGUUCAUUUCAACUUCCUUAGCCAUAUCAUCUUCAAAUGGUGAUACGCCAUAAGGUCAUUCCAGUCUAACUGGGACUAGUGAAGAAUAGGGUUUUUGUCCUCUACAUCACACUCCUACCUCCUCAGUCAGUACUAGCUAGCCUUUGUUUAUUUCUAAAACUCGCUCUUUACACAGCAACAUAUGUCUAAUUAUAUAAAAGUUUUUCAUCAUUAGAACAAAACAAAAUUCUGGUCUUUCCUAUUUCUAGUGAGAUUACUUUAAAAUGCCUUUCAGAGAUUUUUAUAUAUACACAACAGAAGUAUACAUAUCACUUUUUAUUGCUUACAUGGACAUAGAUGGUCCAGCACACCAAACUCAUUCUAUUCUGUUCUGUUUAGAAAAAUUGACCUAUUCUGGGAAUUGGAUGGGUUGGCAUGUACUUGACUGAUCAAUACCCAUAUCAAUAUGUUGUGUUUUCUGGAGUAAUCCACUUAAAAAGGACUCUGUAUAAAUGUCUACUAAAUAUUUGUAUUUAAAUAUUAAAAACCAUUUAGUAUUGAGAUUAAAAAGACUCAGUUGUGAGGGAAGAGACUCCGAUAUAAAGAGAGACAAAAAAUACCCUAAGCCUCCUAGAGCCUCUGUUAAGAUUUCAUGAAGAUGCAAUAUCCCUUUGUCAAGGUACAUUGCAAACUGCUCAAGAGUAUUACUUUAAAACAAGAGAGACUGGGUUCCUACGAUGUUCGUCUUUGUUGGCACGUGUUUUGAUUUCUGCAUUCAUAACUAUUUUUUCUUACACAUGAAGUUGGUCAAAACAAUCUUGUGCAGCAACAACUUUUCCUGGUAUGAAAUAUGAAAAUACUAGUUGUAAAUUUGUAUCUGUGCUGACAGAGUUGUUUGGUUUCUUUGCAAUGUAGAAACACAUUAAGACAAGCAUUCUGUGGGUAGGUAACAGUUCGAGAGAGAGAGAGCGAGAGAGAGAGCUGCUUAAACAACAACUGAAAUGUUGCUUUAGAAAUAGCCCUGUUUAUAUGAGAGGGGAAUGUGUCUGCUUGGGGGACAAUGUCAAGGGCCAUCAGUAAGCACUGAACCAGCACUGGCCCAGCAAAAAAGAGCCUUACAGAAGGCAAAGAUGUAAGGAGCUGUGAUUGUUGCAUGGCGCAUCACCUCUUCUGUGGAUUGGAAGCAAACUUGCACUUUGCCUUUUGUUUUUUUUGUUUUGAGGACAUCCCACUAAGAACAUCAGAUUAAUUUUUCAGAAAUAACAUUUUUCCCAAUGCCGUGACAUUCUCCUUCUAGCAGAGGGGGAAAAAGGCCCUACAUUAAACUAUUAGGUAAUUUCUGCUAAAGGUUUUCAUUUCUAUCAGAAUAGUCUAUGCAUUUCUGUGUUGAAAGCUGUUUUCUGCUGUUCCUUUUAAGAAGACAGGCACUGUCUGUCCCACUCUCUGUAAAUGCUCCAAGAAUGUCAAGUGUGUGAAUUUGGACGUUAAAUCCAAAGUAAAUUGAGACUAACUUGUUUGGGAGUGGGGGUGCUUUUGUUUUUUAAAAUUGUUUCCCUCAUGUCCCUUUUCAUUUUUAUUAAGAAAUUAACUCUUUGCAUUUGUGCAAUAACUACUUGCCAUGAUAAUGGGCAGACUUUUGAAAUGAAUGCCCUGACUACUAACACAGCACAAGAUGAACUCAGACAGAUAAAGUGGUGUACUUUUUCCUGAGAACUUUUUUGUUUUUAAAUAAUAAGCUCAGUUUUACCCCCGUGUAUUGUGGUGUCUUACAUUUUUAGCAGUAUUUUAUAUUUUUUCUGUAACGCACUAAGUCUUAGACAUUUUUAGAGCUUGUUUGUUAUGUUCACAAUCACAAAUUUAAAAAAAAAUCCUCACAAAGAACCAAUUGACCAAAAAAGUGUCAUUUUUUUUGUACAAGUAGCUUUGAGAAGCCCACGUUGUGUUGCUGUGACUCAUCUUUUGUAACAUUUUAUUUCUUGGUAUUUGUUUAAACAUAAAAGUAAAAGUUUAUGUGGCUGGCAAUAGCAGGGAAGUACUCCCUCCGUCAGCAGAAUGGCAUUGUUUCUUCUGUCUUUGUUUGGUUAGCCAUAUAAUGUUUGUUCUCAGCACUGUACAACGGUCCCUAUAUGAUAUGGAGAAGCAAUAUCACUGUAUGAAACUCACAUGAUGUAUUAUUAUUAUUAUUCACUAGCACCCUAGGUGUGAUAAUUGAAGUAAAUAUCUUUUAUACAAACACAAUAA